AUGUUUCGAGCCCGCCGCUACCGCGUCUUGCUCAUCUUCGCCGCGGUCCUCGUCCUGACCACCCUCCAUUUCGCCCGGUCGCGCGAUUGGAGCCAGACCGCCGUGAUCGAGACCUCAAGUGGCGAUCAUUCCUCACAACCGGCUGCCUCGAACCAAAAUCCACCUAAACAGCAAGCCCCGGCUGAGGAUAGUAGCAAAUCCCCGCCCCAGUAUCCGCCGCAGAAUGAGUUCAAGUCGCCCGUUGGGCCGGGUAGUGCGAAGGUUGAUAAGAAUAAGGACGUUGGAUCUACACCUGGGUUGGCGUCUGGAUCUGCGUCUGGAUCGACUGCCUCCAAAGAUGCCCCACUGAAGUCUCCAGGCACCGGGAGCUCGGACGGCUCGAGUGAUGAGAAACCUGGAAGCAGCAGCAAGCUACCUCCUACGAUCAUUGGUGACUCUCUUGACAACCUUCCCGAGGAAAUUGAUCACGGCGGUACCGGCAGAUUGUCGGUUCAGGAGCACCCCAAUGGCCCCGCUGCGCACUGGGUCAAGACACCCGAGCGGUUCCCCGUUGCACCGAGCGAACUGAUCACCCUCCCCAAGGAGGUAUCAAAGGCCAUGCCCAAGCUCCAGGCUAAACCCAAGGAUGAGACCAGCGCGGAUAAACAGGAGCGGCUGCAGCGAUUGAGCACUAUCAGGGCCGAGUUUAAGCACGCCUGGGCUGGAUAUAAGCAAGUUGCAAUUGGACAUGACGAAAUUAAACCUGUCACGGAGACUUUCGAUGAUCCGUUCAAUGGUUGGGGUGCGACGCUGAUCGAUUCGCUGGAUACCCUGUGGAUCAUGGAUUUGAAGGAUGAGUUCUCAGAGGCCGUGGAUGCGGUUAAGAAGAUUGACUUCACGACCUCUCCCCGAGAGGAUAUUCCCGUGUUUGAGACUGUGAUUCGCUACCUGGGAGGAUUACUCGGUGCCUACGAUAUCUCCGGGCAGAAAUACGAGAUUCUGUUGGAGAAGGCUGAGCAAUUAGCCGAGGUUCUGAUUGGCGCCUUUGACACGCCGAACCGCAUGCCCGUGCUAUACUACCGCUGGACUCCCGCCCAUACUAAGCGUCCUCACCGGGCGUCAGCCAAGGCCACCUUGGCUGAGAUUGGAUCCCUCUCGUUGGAAUUCACCCGCUUGGCCCAAUUGACCAAACAGGACAAGUACUACGAUGCAAUUGCGCGUAUCACCAAUCGACUGGAGGAAUUCCAGGACGAGACCAACAUCCCGGGCCUGUGGCCUGUGCGGGUGAAUGCACAGGGCUGCCCCAGGUAUAGACCCAGUCGGGAUACUGCUAUGCCUCUGGAAGACGACUUUGAAGAGCUUGUUGCGACAAACACUUCGUCUUCGACCGUGGCUACGCAUACACCUUCGUCCACGCGUACCCGUAAACCGUAUGCUGCCCCGACUGAUAUCGAGAGUUAUACUCGCUUGAUCGAGCGUGACACCGAGAUUGAUCUCUCGGAAGCAGAGCUUGCGCCAUAUAACCGCGAUGGUAAAUUGGGGAGCAGUGCUAGCAGUGAUAGUUCUAGCAAGCCUACCACUGAGGGCUCGACCUCUGUCACUGAGAAAUGUGACGGUGGCCUAGGGCUCCCAUUGUCACUUCGUGACAACAAGUAUGGUCUUGGCGGAUUGGCUGACUCGACCUACGAAUAUCUGCCCAAGGAGUAUCUCAUUCUAGGCGGUGCAAAUGACCAGUAUAAGAAGAUGUACAAGAAGGCGAUGGACGCAGCUCGCAAGACACUGCUUUUCAGACCCAUGGUCAAGGGCCAGCGGAACCUGCGUUUCAUGGCGACUACUGGGUCCCUCGACCCCGCGAAGCUUGGAGUCCUUGGUCCUUCGGAUCUCGAAUAUGAAAGCACCCACCUCAGCUGUUUCCUGGGCGGCAUGGUUGCCAUGGGCGCAAAGGCGUUUAGCAUCGAGAGUGACAUGGAUUUGGCUGCCAAGCUGACCGACGGCUGUGUUUGGGCGUACGAGUCGACCAACACCGGGAUCAUGCCCGAGCGAUUCCGCCUGUUGCCCUGCAGCAAGGACAAGUCAUGCGAUUGGGACGAGAAGCUCUACCAGGCCGACGUCAAGCGGUACUCGCACGUUAUCGAUUCCGAGGCUGAAGCGCGGUUCCGCACUGGCGAAAGCACCUAUGGUCAGCGAGUCAAGCUGAAUAACGAUCACAAGCCUCAAGGAGCUGGCGAAGGCGGCAUGGCUGUGCCUCUUCCCAUGCCUGGCUCCAUGAAUCCACACGACAACGACCCUACCUACAACAAGCGGGAUGCAGUCAACGCCGGACGGGGCGCAGCAGCUCCAGCCUCCAACGGCGAGGCGCCCCGCCCAGCCUUCGUGUCGCAGUCCGAGGGCAAUGAGAUCAAUGACCGUCUACCCUCGGGUAUGACGAGCAUCUCGGCGCCAGAGUACUUCCUCCGUCCCGAGGCUAUUGAGUCUGUGUUUAUCAUGUUCCGAUUGACAGGCGACGACGCCUGGCGGCGGAAGGGAUGGAAGAUGUUCGAGGCAAUUAUCAAGUACACGCGGACUAACCUGGCGCACGCUGGCAUUAAGGAUGUCACGGCGUCAAAGCCCGCGCAGAAGGAUGCGAUGGAGUCCUUUUGGACGGCGGAAACGCUGAAGUACUUUUAUCUACUCUUCAGCGAUCCUAGUGUAGUGGAUUUGGAUAAAUAUGUGCUAAACACCGAAGCGCAUCCCUUCCAACGCCCGGUUUCAUGA